UUUAAAAUGGGUCAAAAGUCGUUGAGAAUGUUCAGUAACUGAUCACGCCGGCUUAUAGCGUUCGAGUAUUUGCGAGGGAGCAGUCGUCGCGAUCGCUACUAAAUAGGAAGACCAGCUAUCAAGAAGUUCAGUAUGGAAUUAGUUGAUUAGCUAAUCGGUAUCUGCUCCUUGGUGUGAUCCCUCUCGGAUCAGGUUUCGAUAUUCGCGGUUUUAUCCAUUAGUCCAGACAGUCUAAGGUAGUGGGUUUAAUUUGUUGUGUGCGCCGGGAUCAGUGGACCGAGCCGUCGGAAAUUAAGGAUUAGUCGUAAUACAAACAGUGCCGUGCAGUGAUCUCCACGAUUUGUCUAUAUGAAUUAUCAAAAGUAAUUUUGUGAUAAAACCAAGUGAAUAAAAAUGAGAGUCCUCCUUUGGGCGGUCUGCACGGCAGUCGCCGUUUCAUUGGGGAAUUCCGCAACUGUCCCGUUGCCGGUUGAUGAGAAUGCCAUUGUUGGAAGCCCUGAGUAUCUGGAAGCUAUGGAAAAUGCUCGUAGAGCCAAAAGGAAUCCUCUUGGAAUUGGGCGUGGUCAAACCCAGACGCAGUAUAUGAAUUUCGGAGAUAAAAAUGAUGGAAAAGCCGAAGCCGAAGCCAGCGAACAGGGCUCUAGAUCUUUUGUCACUGGAACUCAUGGAAUGGGGCAAGCACAAAGUCAGUUCUCGACGGGAGAUUGUGUAUCGGAGUGCGGUUCGUCGCAGCUCAGUUACGCUCCGUAUGGAUUAGCUCCUCCUGAUCCUCUUCGUCAAAUUGGUCAACAGGACCUAAGCCGGCUAACACAAUCUGGCUUAACAGAUAGGGGACGGCAACCUGGAUCUACCAUACUAGCAGGGCGACCUGUGGGAGGAACGUUAGUAAGUGAAAGUGUACCUGGACGUGAUGGUGGAAUAGCGCACGACCAAAAUGGUCAGUCGAAAUGGUCUGGACGUCCUCUUCGACCUGAUCAGCAGGGAGUUUGGCAAUCAGGUCAACCGGGGUUAAUAACCCCACAAGUCCAAUUACAGCCUGGACAACAACAACCCGGGCAAACUAUAAAUGGGCAACAAAGGCCAGGCUUGGCGCAAAUUGGAUCACAACAGCCAGUCGCACAGCAACCAGGAUACGGCACACCCGGUGCCCAACAACCAAGCCAAUCGCAGUUGGGCACUUUGCAGCCAGGACAAAGAGGAACAGGUCAAAUAACACAGCCAGGACAACCUGGAUUAGCAGGACCUGGAGCACCGCGAGAGGAUCAUGGUGGAUGGCAACCAGGUGGUCAGCAAAUUCAACCUGGCCAAACUGGUCAAAUUACUCAGCCUGGUCAAGUCGGGCGGCCAGGCCAACCAAGCUAUCCUGGACAGGUAGAUCAGUCAGGUCAACAGCCGAGUUUUACUGGACAAAUAACUCAACCCGGGCAGACGAGGCGUCCCGGGCAGCAAAUAGGUUAUCCAGGAGGUGGGGAGCAACCUGGAAUCACAGGACAAUCAGGUCAACCGGGGCCACAAAUAGGUCAAGCAGGGUAUCCUUCUCAGCCGGGAUUGUAUCCUAAUGGACGGAGAGAUCAAACAACGUUUCAGCCUGGGCAGCCAAGUGGGCAAGUACAACCUGGUAGUCAAACUACGUGGCAAUAUGGACAGCCAGGUGGAGCAUACCCUGGAUCUCAGCCAGGGCAACAAAUAGGAUAUCCAGCAGUAUCACAGCCUGGAGAUUUUGGCCAAAUAAGAGGACCGUCUGGAGUUCAGCCCGGACAGACUGAAGGAAGGCGACCAGGAGGAUUGCAGCCAGGAGGGGUCCAACCAGACGGUGUUCCACAAGGAGGUGCUCAUCCUGGGGGAGUUCAACCGGGAGGUGCUCAUCCUGGGGGAGUUCAACCAGGAGGAGUACAACCAGGAGGAGUUCAACCAGGGGGAGUUCAACCAGGUGGAUUUCAACCAGGAAGCGUUCAACCAGGUGGUGUUCACCCCGGAGGUGUUCAACCCGGAGGAGUUCAACCAGGGGGAGUUCAGCCAGGAGGAUUUCAACCUGGAAGAGUUCAACCAGGAGGGGUUCAACCUGGAGGAGUUCAACCAGGAGGAAUUCAACCAGGAGGUGUUCAACCAGGGGGCAUCCAACCAGGUGGAUUUCAACCAGGAAUAGGACAAUUUGAUUGGCAUCGUCAGCGUGGCGCGCCUCAAGCAGGAACCAUACAAGCGGGACAACAAGCAGGUACAAUAACACAACCGCAAACCACCUGGGGGCCAUCGGGAGCAGUUCAAACUGGAACAGAAGGAGCACCCCAAACACUGCAUACAUGGAGAGGCCAUCCAGGUUCCAUACCUGGACAUCCACGAGGAGCAGACGGCAAAACCCAUAUUAUGACAGUUCCAGGGGAAGAUCAAACCGUGGUCAACGAAGGGGGUGGUCUUACCGUGUUAGUAGGUACAGGAGGUCCUCAGCAAACUAUUAUCACUGACAGACAUCCUAGCACUGGUGGACUUCAUGUUAUCCCAGGAACAAGUACAGAUGGAAGAGCGAAACAAACUGUUUACACGCAACCUGGCGGCUUGACUGUUUUAGUUGGAACUGGAGGACCAACUCAGACUGUGCAUCAUACUGGAGGAAUUGGUUUAGAAGCUGGAGGCACAACAGGAGCAGCUGCGGGAGCAGGAGGUAUAACGGGGGGAGUUGGCGGAGCAGGUGGAAGGCCUGGAGUAAUAACUAGCGGAGGCACAGCAUAUGGGCCGGGCGGCUUACAAUAUGGUCCAAUCAUUUCUGGUCAAACUACAGGUUUACCCGGUACUCCGGGUACUUAUGGCGGUCCUCUAUCUUUAUCGCAAAGACCUGGGGCUGGAGGAGAACAAUAUGGCAUAACUUCCACCGAUUUAGGACGCCAACCAGGCUUUGUGCAAUAUGGUCCUGGGGUCGGACAAGUUCAACCUGGUGGUAUACAAUACGGAAGGAUUGAUCAAUAUCCAGCAAGGCCAGGAGGAUUUACUGGUCCAAGUGGAGGAAUUCAGGGAGGAGUUGGAGGAGUCUCAGGCGUGGGAAGUGGACAACCAGAUGGUGGAAUGUUCGGAAGCGGACCUGGUGUAGGUACUCAAGGAGGCGGUCAAUAUGGAAUCGGCCCUGGUGCCGGUGCUCCGGGAACCAGCCAAUAUGGAAUUGGACCAGGUGCUGGAAUAGCUGGCCAGCCAGGAGUUCAGUCUGGAGGGAGCACUAUCACAUCUACCCAAGAUGGAAGGGGCCCGGGUAUACAAGGAACAGUUGGAUAUGGCCCAGCGCCCGGAACUAGUUUUUUGCCUAGUGGCACUUCCGCUGGUGUUAGCGGCGUUCCUUCAGGAGUUGGAGGAAUCCCGUCAGGAACAGGGGGGGCGCUAAGCCAAGUCCCUACUACAGGCACAGAGUACAUACCCGGAUCAACUGAUCAUUACCGGCCAUCAAGUGCAGGGGGUGCCAUAAGUUCAAUUGAGCAGCAGAUACCAAUUUCGGGUCCACAAGCACCUUCGGGUGGUAGAGGCCGACUUCCAUCUAUUAGUGGAGACAGAUACAUGCCAGGUGCUCAUCAUGAUGGCACAUUAGGAGGUAAUGGAAUAAGCGGAGCUGGAGGUGGAAUAAGUGGCGGUGGCAUUGGCCCAGGCGGCGCUGGAGGACUUGGAGGACUGGGAGGUUUUGAUUCAGGAGCUACCAGGCCACUAGGAGGAAUCAGUGGACCCGGCAGCGUUGGCGGAUUGUCGGUUCCAGGCGGCCUUGGUGGCGUUAGCGGAUCAGGCACUGGGAUAGGUGGUCAAGGGACACUAGGAGGCACCAGUGGUCCAAGCGGCAUUGGUGGUAUAGGAGGCCCAGGUGGAAUAAGUGGAGGUAUGGGAGUACCAGGCGGUGUGGGUGGGAUAGGAGGCGCUGGCACACCAAGUGGAGGUGGAGGAAUAAGUGGUAUAAGCGGAACGGGAGGUUUCGGUGGCCCAGGUGGAAUUACAGGAGGGCCUGGAGGUUUAACUGGAAUUGGUGGAACGACCGGAGGAAUAGGCGGAGGGCCAGGUGGUAUCGUCGGACCUGCCGGCGGUGGAUUUGGCAGCAUCGGAGGCGCAGGUGGAGCUGGUGCAAUUGGUGGAGUUGGUGGGGUUGGUGGACUUGGAGGACAAUAUGCCACUGGUGGGCAGUUAGCCCCCAGCAAUCUUGUUUCAGCCGACCUAGCAUCUGCAGGAUUAGCAGCAGGAGCCGAUGACUCAUUUUCCCAAGCAGAAUCAUCUGUCAAAAAUGGUCAAGCCUCAGCAAACGCUCAAGGGAAAAAGAAUGGUGGGACUGCGCAAACCCAAGUAACUGGAACAUAUAGUGGAGGUGGCACAUUCAGCGCAAACGCAAUGACAUCUGAUGUUGACCGUUCUGCUAGCGCCCUGGUAAGUGGGAGUGCAGAUGGUGCAAUGAGUUCAUCCCAAGGCCAAGGAGGUGUAGGUAAAUCGCAAUCACAAGUUCAAGUGAAUUCGAAAACAGGUGGGACAACUUCAUCUUCUCAAAGUAGUGGCCUAAACCAUCAAAGUCAGAGUGAAGUUCAAGCAAAUGAGAAAGGUGGCCUAGCAGAUGCUCAAUCUAGUGGUCCAGGCCAAACCUCAUCCCAAGCACAAAUAGGAUUUAAGCCACAAGAUGAUAGCAAUCCGUCCGAAGACUCCAUUUUCAAUGGUGGCGGUCAGGCAUCUGCCCAAGCUGGAUCGAUUUCAGGACAAAGUCAGUCACAAAUACAUGGAAAAUUCAACUAUGGCAUCUCCUACCACGGCGCCGCACAAUCAGCUUCAGGCACAAAAGAACAAGUAGCCAGUUACAGGGAGCAGAACAAGGUUCUUUUUCAAACCAUAAGUCAAAUGGGAGGAGCCAUAAGCUCAGGUUCGGAAUCAGCUAGUGCGGCUGCACAGUCACCCCCAGCGCUCGUGACGGAUACGUACUUGAGAUCGAGACCGUCAGAUAAGAGUAAAGAUGAUAAAACACCAGCCUCGCGACCAGCCUCAACAGAUGACGUUGAGUAUGAAGACGAACUUGAAUAUGAGGACGACGACUACUAUGAAGAGACUCCGGUGAAAGUUGAACCCAAGUCGAGCAAAACUGAAUCCGAAAGCAAGAAAGAAUCUGCCGCCGAAUCCUCAAAGACCCUGAAGAGCGACCCCAAGAGCCAAAUAUCCUAUUCACAGAAGGCCGGAGCAAGUGAUGCACAAUCUUCUAAACAUGGCAGCAGAACCAACGGCAAAACCGCAGAAAAAGUACCAACUGGCUUCCGGGGAACAGUGAAUACAGAGAAGAAGUACCACACCAGGCUUCUACCAUCCAAACAUUAUGAUAACAAGGUAGAAAGUGACGACGGUUUAAAACGCCCCGACAGCUAUGUGACCGUUACAAAAUCCGUAACGGGAAGCAUAGACAAUACGAAGAAUCCACCUCAGGAAAACAAGAAUUUCGCAUCAACUUAUUACACGAAGUCGUCCACUUGCGGCUACUUCACUUUCACGUGCAACAUCGUUUACGGAGCGAACGGACGAAGUAAAAUCUGCAGACCGAAGACACCAACGAAUGGCAAGUGCUAGCCGCACUAAGGACGCUUCCUCCUUAGGUCACCUGCCUCAUCUAGCUCAUUAGUUCUUCAAUAGACUUAAACAAAUUAUGAAGUAUGUCCUUAGCAAAUAUAUAUGUGGACUUAAGCGUGGAACUGGACGCUUAAUUUAUUGCUAUUAAUACGGUUUUCACCCUCCCAAAGUGGUCAUUGCAAAAAAAGAUCGUCUUUAUUGGUUUAUGUACUUUUAUUUGUCAUAAUAAUUUAACGCUACUGCCAUUACGAAAACUGCCAUAAAGCACAUCAAUGUUUUGCUUAUCACUUGUCAUGAGAAAUGUGAACUAGCAUUUAAUCACGCUAAUAUUAGUGGAAGGUGGUGAGAGUUUUCUAAAAACUUCGGAUGCAAUUUAAAUUCACUUUGUAUUUAAAGUAAACUGAAACAGUAAUAAAGAUAUCUAGAAUUAA